UUUAAGUUAGUUAACUAACUAGAGGUUGACUAUGAUGAUCUCUUUCAUGUUUUGGGAACCGGCCCAGAACCAAAUGGAAUCUAAAUUAACUUAACUAGUUUAGUUACUAAUCAUCGAGGGGGCCCGGUUAGAGCGAGCCCCCGUUGAAAUAUAAGUUACUACAAUAAUAAAUACCCCUUCGAGGAUUAAAGGGAGAUACAUGUCUAUCCUCAAGCCUUGGGCUAGCCUUCCGACCCUUCGAAAACAAAUACUGAGAGUAGCUCCGGCCUCCACAAUAGUAACUAGCUAGCAUGGCAGCUCGGAAAAUCAAUCUAUAUCUGGACGUCGUCAGUCCCUUCGCCUACAUCGCCUAUUAUGUGACAAGACACUCCCCCGUCUUCGCAAACUGCCAUAUUACCUAUACGCCCGUCUUCCUCGGUGGGAUCUUGAAAGCAUGCAACAAUACCUCCCCCAUCUUUGUCAAGAACAAGAACAAAUGGACAAAUACCGAGCGCCUACGCUGGUCAAAGUUCCUCAAUGUCCCCAUGUACCCUGACAUGCCCAAAGGAUUCCCCAUUUUAACGAUGAGUGUCCAACGAGCCCUCUGCGCCAUCCCCGCAGAACAGUUGCCCGCCUGUUUCGACGCUUUAUACAAGGAGCUCUGGGUCGAAGGCAACUCACAGCUCAACGACCCGAAAACCUUCCUCCCCAUCCUGGAAGCAGCCGUGGGCAAGGAGAUGGCUGCAAAUGCGUUGGAACAGUCCAACACCCAACCCAUCAAAGACCUGCUAAUCGCCAAUAGCGAUAAGGCGGUGGAAACCGGUGCCUUUGGCAUCCCUUGGUUCGAAUGUACCAAUAGCAGUGGCGAGACGGAGUGCUUCUGGGGCGUCGAUCGUAUGGCCCAGGUGGCCGCGUUUCUGGGCUUAGAGACCACUGCUGAUCGGGGGUUCAGAGCGAUGAUGUGAGGUAGAAAUGGGAAUUGCAGGGUCAUAAUAACUGGCACUUGUGUGUGUAUUUGAAGAUAUCCAGCUGCUCGGAGAACUAAACAUGCUUAUUAUUAUCGAUUAUUCUCUCAGUAUCUCGGCAGAAGAAUGGCGCGUGUAGCUGCUAAUUCACCAUGUUCAUUGUCGCUGUAGCCAUCAUUGCGUGGGAGAGAUGUUACUCGGUGAAGGCUCUGCGUGAAUUGAAUAAGGCAUGUUUAAAACAAAAGAAGAAAGAAAGAGCAAGGAAAAAAAUUAAAAAAAAUUAAAAAGAGAGAGAGAGAGAGAGAGAAAGUAUACUAUAUAUACGGAAAAGAACAUCUUACAAUCACUCCAUUCGUCAUAUAUCCUAGGAAAAAAAAAAGGAAAUUUGAUAAAAUGUGGAAAGAACCGAAACCUAUACAUCAAGAAGCGGAAAGAAAGAUGAAAAUGGAAGAAAUGGAAUAAAUAAUUAUUUAGCCAAGAUCCAGAAAGAAUAAAAAUAAAAGCUUGCCAAGUCGAAAGGAGAAACAGAACGGGUUUCCUUUUUCGUUCCCGCCUAUUAAUACCACGCCGGGUAUCGUAUGUAAAAGGGGAACAGCCGUCGUGGAGAGGGGGUUUGUAGUAGGUUGAUCCCUCUCGGGGAACAGGAAGGGUAAACGGGGUAUCUAUAAUAGAAGGUUGGAAAGACAAUGAAAGUGUAAGUCGCUCAGAGUGGGUUUUAUGUCAAUGAGGUUUGCGGCGUUUGCAUUAUAAUCGCUAGCCAUAACAGUCUAAACGUUAUGACGCUUGGUCGAGCGUAUCUCGAU